AUGGGCGGCUGUCGAUAUUGUACACCAGGCACUCGAGGACCCAACGACAAAUGGAUAGCAUGCGACGCGUGUCAAGAGUGGUUCCAUUGGCACUGCCUCAAAUUGGAUAAUGUUGAUCAGAUUGAAACCUACCAUUGUCCAGAAUGUGUGCUAAAACAUGGCCCUACUACCUAUAAACCACAUCAGAAGCAGAGAAAAUCAAGCAGAAGCCAGGCACGACUCAACUAUGCUGAUUUGAAUGAGGGUAAUGCAGCGGGAGAUGAAAGAAUAUGGGGUAAACUGCUUGCUGUCAAAUCGUUCAAAAGGGAUAAAUUCAAGAGAUACACAGCAAAGCAGAUCAACAUGGAUCUGUUACGGAAAACUGGAUUACGAGAGCCAUUUGUUGUCGAACAAAACGAGCCAGAAUUAGACAUGCGGAUGCCCAAGAACGAUAUCACAGUAUACGAUAUUGCGAGAUUGGUGGGUGGAGAUGAUCAUCCUGUGGAGGUCAUUGAUGUUGCCUCUCAAUCAGAAAGUCCAGGCUGGACCAUGGGACGCUGGGCAGAGUAUUUUCACAGCAAGGAGAGAGAUAGAAUACGCAAUGUGAUCAGUUUGGAAAUCAGUGGAACUGAGUUAGCGGAUCAAAUCACUCGUCCAAAGAUUGUGAGGGACCUGGACUGGAUUGAUCUCAUGUGGCCAGUGGAGAAGCAUCCUGAAGAAUUUCCAAAGGUGCAGUUGUACUGCUUGAUGGGUACAAAGGAUUCAUAUACUGAUUUCCAUAUUGAUUUCGGUGGAAGCUCGGUAUUCUAUCACAUUUUGAGUGGAGCAAAGACCUUCUAUUUCAUUGAGCCAACUUCGAAAAAUCUGAAAAAGUAUCAGAAAUGGUCAUCGACAUCAGAGCAGUCGACCACAUUUCUGGGCGAUGAGGUCAAGGAAUGCUACCAGGUAAAACUGACGGCAGGCAAUACCAUGAUUAUUCCAGCUGGUUGGAUUCAUGCAGUAUACACGCCUGAAGAUGCGAUUGUCAUUGGCGGCAACUUUCUACAAUCAUUCAAUAUCGGUACACAACUGACAGUGUACGCCAUCGAGCAAGUGACAGAUGUGCCCCUGAAGUUUAGGUUCCCCUUCUACAAGCGACUGAAUUGGUAUGCAUUAGCCAAGUUUGAUACAUGGCUUCAGGAUGAAGAAACGGCAAACAAGCUAUCCUAUUACGAACUGGAAAGUAUGGCGCUGCUAGCUGCAUUUUUGCACAAGGAUAUCAAGCAAGAUGAUGACGGUGUGGCGAUAAAAAAGGGAGGCAGCAUACCCAAUGCUGAUAGAAAACAGCUGGAGAUCCCUGAUACCGUCAAAGAUCCCAUUGGUCUAACAAAGCGAGUACUGGACCUAGUGAAAGAAAUCAUCAAUAAAGAGAGCAAGCAGGAAAAGGAGCAGCAAAAAGAGCAACCGCCCAAGAAGCUUGUUAUUCGCAUGAAACCGCCUACACCAAAGGCUGCUGAUUUGCCCAAGGUAAAGCAACAGGAGGAGGAGGGAGAUGUUUACCUUCAAGAGGAGGACGAGGAGGAUCUCGAGGAAGACUACACGCUGGAUGCGGAUGAUGAUGAAUUCAACGUAGAAGAUGAAGACUAUGAAGAAGAGGAUACGAUACCCGGUACUGACAACAGCCACACAAGCAACACCAAAACUAGAAAGCCAGUUCAGCGUAAAACCCACAAGAAAAAGACACAAAUUGCGCACAAGCAGCAUGAGACAAAUGACAGUAGUAGUAGCGAUGAUGAUAGUAUGGGUACAUCUCGAUCCAAGUCGAUGGGUGGUAUAUCUGGACUAUUCUCUAGCCGCAAAAGAUCGCUAUCAAGCAACGCCAAAUCCUCCCAAAAAUCCACCAAACAACGUAUAUUAGACCGUGUGAGCAAACGCCACUAA